UGUUUUCUUUGAACCACUUGGGAAUGAGAUCAGGAGAUGUUUUAUUUAAUGUGUGUGUUUUCCACUGUCUUUCCGGUUCUUUCAUGUUCCUCUGAAUGGCUGGUGGAUCUAACAAAGACUUCUCCCUUCCAAAGACAUUCCCAGCUGGAACACGUGACGUGAAACUCAAUGCAUAUCAACUUUUGUUCUUCUCCUGGAGUUUGUUUUUGCCGGGAGAGGUCGCAUGCUUCAACACAGCCAUGAGUUAGAUGAGACUUACUUGCGAAGUACAAGGAAACAACUUCGCUUCGGUCAUGCAGGAACAUCCAAAACUGUUCACUGCAGCUCAGCCUUUGGAGAAACACAAUCCAGCUCUUAUAAAUGCGUUACUGCGCUUUUGUUAACGGGUGUUUUGAUUUCGUCCCGUCGAGGAAUAAUGAUGUACUAAGUAAUGGAGGGAUUUGUGAUGAAAGAGGACCUGGAAGUGAUACAUUGAAGUAGAGGAAGCCACACAUAUUCGAGACCCAGGCUGACACAGAAGAGCUGCGUACACCCAACCAUGUCUGUAGAGAUGAUGAUGCAGUCCUGCCUUAUGGACCGGAGCAGCAGCUUCUUUAAGCUGAUUGACACAUUCUCAACGGAGAUCUCAGAGUUGAAGCAGGAGAUGGUUCAGCCAGCCAGAGAGCCGGAGACUGAAAUCUUACAGGGUCUGGAAGGAGAAGUGAGUGGUCUGUUCCUGCAGUCGUCUGCCUGUGCCGGUGUGCCAGGAGUGAGGGAUUCUGGGUAUGAUUCAUUACGCAGACGCAUGAGCAUGCUGGACAGACUGAUGCAGACACACUCUGUAUGGCUGCUGCUGUCACUCAGCGAUGAUGAAGCCAGACACAUUCUGCAGCCGCAGCCGGCAGGGAGUUUUGUGGUAAGGAGGUGUUAUAAACUGCAGAAAAAGGUGAUUUCCCUCCGAAUGAAUAGUGACACAUUGAUUGUUCGGGACUUUCCUGUUAAAGAGAGCCAAUAUACUUUUUCCCUGGAGGGCUCAGGAAUCAGCUUUGCAGACCUCUUUCGUCUGGUGGCAUUCUGCUGUAUCAGCAGAGACGUUCUGCCCUUCACCCUGAAGCUUCCUGAAGCUAUUGCGUCUGCAAAAACCCUAACAGAUCUAGAGGAAGUGGCUAAGUUGGGAAAAGGUUUUUGGGACUCGGAACUGUGCAAUAAGAACAAGUCUUCUGUGUCUGGGGAAACUGCUUGUGAUGGUUCAAAACAGAGAUUAAAAAGAAGUCCAGCCGUCCCGUUUACCCGGACCCCUUCUGAACUUGAAUGCAGCCAAUCCAACGGUGCACUUUGCUUCAUCAAUCCCCUCUUCCUGGAGACACACCAAUAUAACCCUUCACCCAAAAAGCAAGAACCUUCUCCAGGCGACGAAGGUGGUGGCUCUCAGCACCACCACAGAGCUCUGCACAGAACAGGUCAGCAGCAAGGGGACAGCAGCGUAUUCUGCCGUAAAACACCAAGCAAACCCCACAUAAGUGUGAGCAGGUCCGAGAGUGAGAGAUCCCCGCCGCCUAGGCCUCCGCCUCCACGUUUUGGUUCCAGCAGAUCAGCAGUUCUUCGCAAACAGAAGACAAUGCCUGAAACAGUCUGUUGGAUCAAAACGCCUCAGGAAAAGACCAGCCUGCUGGGAAGAUUGGGAUCAUCCUUCAUUUCCCUAUCUCCUUCAUCCUCCCCACCAAAAAAGUUCAGCAAACCCAUCCUGGUGCCCUCGUCCCGCAAUAAGAACUCCUCAGGUCUGCUUGAUGCAGACGGUCUCCGAUGCCACAUGGCUCUGGAUGAUCAAACCAUUGAGGACGCAGUGUCUUGGAGUCUGGCCAAGCUAUCUUCUCGUAACCCCACCGCCAUGGAGAAUGGCAGCCCUGCGCAUGAGCACUGCUCCACCGGGCGAGAGCGUCUGAGCGACAUCAGCAUCUCCACCUCGUCUUCAGACUCUCUCGACUUCACCCACAGCUUCCCACUCCCCAUGGAGGCUAGUCCCUCCAGAACCGACCGUCCAACUGGCGACAGCAGCCAGGAAGAGGAAGAAGAUGAUGGCAUCAAUUUGGAGAGCGACCAAGAGGUGCCUCCACCUUUUAAAUCAAAGAAGCAGAACAGCGCGGGGACGUUUGUGUUGCCGCGUGCACUGAGAGGAAAGUUGCGCAAGAUGAGCGACGUUCUCAAUUCUCUGAUGACGCCCGAGAGGAGAGCCAUUCGCAAGAUCGUCGAGCAGUCUAGGGAUAAAGGCACUUACUUUGGCUGCCUCGUGCAGGAUUACGUGAGUUUCCUGCAGGAGAACCGGGGAUGCCACACAUCAGGCUUGGAACUGCUUCAGACACUCAGGCAGUUCAUGACCCAGAUGAAGUCCUACUUGCUGCAGAGCUCAGAGCUUGACCCACCCAUUGAGUCACUUAUCCCGGAGGAUCAAAUCGAUCAGGUAAUGGAGAAAGCCAUGCAUAAGUGUGUGCUGAAGCCGCUGAAGCCUGUGAUAGAGGCUGCUCUGCGAGACUUCCAGUUGAGCAGCGGGACCAUGCAGCAGCUGAAGGAGAAUCUGCUUCUGGCCAAAGCCAAGCAGCCGCAGGAAAUGGGUGUAGAUGGAGCUCCGCCCCCCGACCUGGUGGCAAUAGAGAAGAUCCGACACAAAUUCAACAACAUGUGCAAGAUGUACUCACCAGAGAAGAAAGUGUCUCUGCUGCUCAGUGUGUGCAAACUUAUCUACACCAUCAUGGAGAACAACUCAGGGAGGAUGUAUGGGGCGGAUGAUUUCUUGCCCAUGCUGACAUAUGUGAUGGCCCAGUGCGACAUGCCAGAGCUGGAUGCUGAAAUACAGUACAUGAUGGAGCUACUGGACCCAUCGCUGCUGCAUGGAGAAGGAGGUUAUUACCUGACCAGUGCAUAUGGGGCGAUGUCUCUGAUCAAGAACUUCCAGGAGGAUCAGGCUGCUCGUGAGCUGAGCUCCGAGACCAGAAACACACUGCACCAGUGGCACCGCAGACGCACAAACCAGAGAACCACACCAUCUGUGGAUGAUUUCCAGAACUAUUUGCGGGUGGCACUGCAAGAUGCAAGUAGCGGCUGCACAGCCAAAACUCUGCAGGUUCAGCCUUACGCCACAACAGAGGACGUGUGUCAGAUCUGCGCAGACAAGUUUAAAAUCUCAGACCCGGAGAACUACGCUCUUUUCCUCCUGACAGAAGAAACCACGCAGCAGCUGGCGCUCGACACGCACCCGCAGAAGAUCAAGGCUGAACUGCACAGCCGGCCGCAGCCACAGCUCUUCUACUUUGUUUACCGGCAGAUCCAAAACUUUCCCGUCCCGUCAGAACAGCUCAACGACAACACUUCAGCAAACUGAAGAAGAGCUAAUCCUCUCGAAACUGAUUCCUCUGCUUCUUCAGGAACACUGCUAACGUCUGCAAUGUUUUGAAUAAAAAAGUCGAAGGGAAGCGGAAAAUGUGCUGGAGGGAAAUAGGGAAGGAAGGAUGCGUCUGACAGAUGCAGCGGAUUUUAUGCUCUGUCUUCACUAUUUUCAUAAGGUUUUGGGAAGUGGCACACGAGUGUCACGAAAGAGUAGCUGCACCUAACCCGCACGUUAUAUCUGCUUCAUCAGAAAUGUUCAAACACAUUCAGGUUAGCGGAGAAAGAGCAGCGUUUGUAUUGUGUUUGUGUUAGCUUUGCACAUUACUCAUACAAUGUACAGUGCUCUCCCUUAAUAUUGCCACCCUUGGUAAAUAUGAGCAAAGAAGGCUGUGGAAAAUGUCUCUGUUUAACUUUUUGAUCCUUUGUUUAAAAUAUUAACAAAAAAACUCAAACAAUUGCAAACAACAUAUCAUUUUAUCAAAGAAACAAAUAAUGUUAUUAAAUAUGUGUUAUUAUUUAUUAUACAAUUAUAAAUAUAUACAAUUAUUAGAACCAAAUGAUCAACCCAAGCUCAUUCUGAUUACGUAGCCCUAUAUACAUUUCUAGAGAGAGCAAAAUACGUCCCAGGAGCUACUUUUUUUAUUUUUUUGCAGUUUUUUUUGCAGGCUGCUGUGUACGCUUUUUCAGAUCUCAAAUUUCUCCUGCGAGUGCCAUUCACGCCUGCUCUUCUCAUGUAAAUCCACCAGAGGCCGCUGUCGACUGACAGUUUACUGACUGACUGACUGAUCCUAAACUGACCAUAAACCCAACCAAUAGUGUUUUAAAGAGCCCCUGUUAUACAUUAAAAAGGGUCAUAUUUUGGUUUUAAGGGUCUCCAACAACAGGCUGAUAUGCAUGCAAGGUCAAAAAAAUAAUAUGCAUUUAUUUUUAUCUAAUUAUCCAGUGACUCCCAUAUGAUUCGUUUAGCGAUUCAUUUGUUCCCAAACCCCUCCUUAGCGCGAAGCCAAUCUGCGCUGAUUGCGUCAACAGCGUUCAGCGCGAAAUGCUCAGCACGCCAAAUCAACAAUAUUGAAGUAGUCAGAGUGCAUAGUGUAUGUGUGAGCAUACCUGCCAACACUUCUGUUUUUCCCGGGAGUCUCCCUUAUUUCAGACCCAUUUAUCCUGGAAAACUCCUGUAAUUUCAAGGAGGCAAUCAUUUUAAUCGCACUUACUUACGCUUGUGAAAUGGAGGAAGAAACUGAUCCAUGUACUGAUAAACGUUCCUGUCGAGCUCUGACAAAGUCCCAUAUAUCAAUAGUCUUUUCUGAUUCUUCCUUUAACAAACAGCAGAUGAAUCCCCUGUUGUAAGCGUGUAGAUUCCAGAAGCACCCGUCAGAAUAAAUGACGGGAAGAGCACAAGGCCGGGCUGUAAUGCUGAGGUAUUUUUGCAAAAAUAAACCUCAACCACUCACUCUUAACAGAUUCAUCUUUGGGUAGAGAAAGUAACACUAACUUUCCCCUUACACUUCCAAUAAUAUCCAGCGGAGCACAGCGUCUUCAUGACUUGAUUUAACCGGGAUCUGCUGAAGUGUUAGUGGGCGGGGCCGCAGGUUUCAGUUUUCCCGGGUUUGCACAUGCAACAGUUGGGCGGGGCUUAAGUUUCGUAUCGACAUCACGCCGAAACGACUAAGGACUCAUUAUCAGGUGAUUCAUUUGAAGCACUAGGAGCCGACUGUACAUCUCCAUCUCCAGUGAGCAUUGUGUGUGUCUCUCUGUCAGGAGGAGGGUUCAGGCUGCCAAAACAUCUUCAGGAAUCACAGCUGAAGAAUUGCAGAAGUUAGGUGCCAUUAAUACUAAUGCGUUAUUGUUUUAAAACUUAUAUGUUCUGUUACGAUUACACCUGGCAUCUGCACUACUCCGGCAUCUUCGACCCAUGAAAAUUGAGUGUUUUGAAAACGUUUUAGCUCAUAAAUGCUGGGGUUCUGUUUUAGUAUAAACAGACUGAAACACAAGGCAUGGCUAUCCACAAUCGCUCUCUGAUUGGUCUUCUGGACUAUUGCUGAUCAUUCCCUGAUUCUUCAAGCCCCUCUAUUAUGACAUUAAACAACCAGUAGUCUGCAAUGCAGACAAAAUAUGCACAUGCCCAGUGAGGUGGUCACAUAUGGUCAUAUUUUAGACUGUAGAGUGUGGAGAGAGAGUUUUUCUUAAAUAUAGUUAAAACACCAGUCUACAUUUUUUAAAUGAAAUGCAAUGUGCAAAUGCAGCCUUAGUUGGGUCUUGGGCUGAGAAAGUUUUGAAAACUACAAUCUAUUCCAGGGUUCCCAAACUUUUCAGCCCCAAAAUAACAAUGCCAGACACUCGCGGUCCCCAAUAUCCUCUGAGGUGGUUAUAAAUAUAUAAACAACGCACACAAUAGGCCCAAGUCUAUUCAUCGUUUAAACGUGAGUGCCGUAAAGUCAAUGUGCUCCAUCUGACGCAAUUGCUUUGUCUUUAUUGUAACAUAUUCACCCUAGUGGUCGCAAAAAAAAAAAAAAAACAUUUGCAUGUUUUUUUUUAUGUAACUAUUACCUACAUUUUUUUUCUUCUGUAGGUUAUUGAUAAAAUAUGGUAAUUGUAAAAUCACCCUCUAAUUGUCUCGCGACCCCCACUUUGGGACCCACUGAUCUACAACAGUGUUUCCCAACCCUGUUCCUGAAGGCACACCAACAGUACACAUUUUCAACCUCUCCCUAAUCAAACACACCUGAAUCAACUCAUCAGAAGAUUAGAAGAGACUCCAAAACCUGAAGUUAAUGGGUCAGAAAAGGGAGACAUUCAAAAUAUGUACUGUUGGUGUGCCUCCAGGAACAGGGUUGGGAAACACUGAUCUACAAUACAUCUUUUUGGGGGUUUUUUGAAAGAAGAUCAAAAAUGUUAAACGAUGUUGCCUUCUUUGUUCAUAUUUACCAGUGGUGCCAGUAGUAGUAGAGGUGAGUGUACUCCCAGACUGUACAUCUCCUAUUUGAGGUUGUGCAUUUAUAAUUGACUGCUCUUUUGUGCAGAAUAAGAGAGUUGCAUUGAGGUGAAGACUUUUGUCAUUUGUUCAGUAAAAUGAACAUCUCAGUCCUUAAGGACGUUGUGGACCAUUGUUUUUCUGAUUCUUAAUUUUUUUUACAGUUGCUGGUAAACUGUAUUCUUUUUUAUAUAUAUAUAUGAUUUAUUGUUAUUAUAGUAGUGCAUGUAUCAUUGUGAUGAAAAGACCAAUUUUAAAAACCAGGCAUUGUUGCCAGUGAUGUUUUUAUCAUAUUGCUAUCAUAUGAAUUUUGACCGUUACGUUUGUUAAAGUCAGUUGGGAUGGAGAUAGUAGAAAGUUAAAGGUUUAGUUUUUAUACUGUACUACUACUGACAAGCUACACGUUUAGGGCUUGUGGUAAUCUGGAUCUCUGAUGUACUGAUUUUGGUUUUGAUGGGUUUUCAGCAAGUUGAACAACUGGAAAGUUCUGUGUAAAGUAAGAGGAAUUAAAAAAAAAGGUUUAAAGCAGGUUAAGAGUCAUUGGUAGGAAAUAUCAAUGAACAGAAAUGAUUUUUGUCACUGUAAAUGCUAUCAGGGAAGGUUGAGUCACAUACAGGAGAAUAGCUCUUUGACAUUCAUAACUAUACUCAUAACCUCAAUAACUUACCAAGUAUUUCAUGCUCUACUAAUGUACUUUACAUUUGCAUGUUUUUAUGUAAACUCGGGGCAUUGUGUGUGUUUUUUUAAUAAGAGACGGGGUGCUGGAAUGCUCUAAUCCUAUGUAAUGAUGAUAUUGAAACACUAGUCACAACUGAAACACAAACUACAUGUUUUAAACGUUAUUUUAUUCUGAUAAGUCUAUACAUAUUUAUAUGCAAUCUGUGCAGGAAUUUUCACAGAUUUUAAAAGUCUUAAUUAAAACAAACUAUUGUGUAUUCAUUUGGAGAAAAGCUCAUACUCAUUCUUUAGUCAGUUCUUCAUAUUUGCUUUUUUUUCAGUGUACUCUUUUGCACAAUAAACUGAUGUUGAACAUUUAUCAUAUCUGUCAUCUUUUACUACUUCUCUACAAUGUAUUGGUACCUUGACAUUUUUGGAAUGGGUUAUAUGCACGGCAACUUUUUUCAGUCUCCAAUAAACCUCCAGUGAAUUUGAA